AAAUAUCCUAACCUCACUCUGUUUUUUCCAGGUUCGUUUCGUUGCGUUGCGUUACGUCAUAACACUUCAAACCCAGUUUUUAGACCAUUCCAGCGCUUUUAGAUCAGUAUUCGUAAAAUAUUUUUCCACCAGAAUGUUCAGGUCUUCCGCUUUACGCGUUCAUUCUCUGCUAAACAAAGCAGCUAACGUUAAAAAUGCCUCUUCAAGUCUGGGAAUUAACGCCCGUAUGAUGUCCAAAGCUAGCACAGAAACUGACGCCCAGUUUGAUCAGAGAUACCAAAAUUUUUUCAACCAACCUGAUAUUGAUGGCUGGGAUGUAAGGAGAGGAAUUACAGAGUUGUUGGGUCAUGAUCUGGUUCCAGAGCCAAAAAUCACCAUCUCAAUUCUUCAGGCUUGUCGUAGAGUGAAUGACUUAGCUCUGGCUAUCAGAGUUCUUGAAGCUGUUAAGGACAAAUGUGGAGGCAAUGUUAAAGAAAUCUAUCCAUGGUAUAUGCAAGAGUUGAAGCCCACAUUAACUGAGUUGGGUAUUCCAACUAUUGAGGAACUUGGCUAUGACAAGCCCGAAUUGGCUUUGCAAAAUCCUGAAGAGAUGUGAUUCAUUCUUAAUGUUGAACCAAUAAUUCCAUUAUGUUGCAUUUAGUUUCAUUGUUAAACAACAAAUUCUUUUGUGGUCCAAUUUUGAUAAUCUUAAGUAGACUGGAUAUAUGCUAAUAAAGUAUUUUUAAUGUUGUUUUUUUUGUAUAUGUAUACAAGAAAUGUAUUGAAUAACAGGGUAUUGCAUUCC